CAGGAAUUUAAACUUAUUUUUAGAUAAUAUAUAGUGCUAUUUUAUUACCAUAAUUGAGUGAUGUUAAGCUUAAUCAGUAUUCGUAGAGCCUUCGUGGUCCGCUUCAAAGGAGGCUACGCCACAUGGUCGAAAGCAAAAGCCAUGAAGGAAAAGAAAAAGAAAGAAGACGCAGGCUCGGGUGUUACCGAGCUUAAUCCAUGGCCUGAAUACAUUCAGAAGCGUUUGGAUCUCUGGGAUAAAUAUAAGGCUCAAUAUGAAGAAGAGCUUGCUUCAAAGCCUGAUGUCAGUGUGGUUGUCACUUUGCCCGAUGGCAAGACUGUGGAGGCAAAAGCAUGGAAAACUACCCCGUAUGAUGUUGCUAAAGGGAUUAGCACUGGUCUAGCGGACUCCACAAUCAUAGCACGCGUGAACGGCGUCCUCUGGGACCUGGACAGGCCGCUAGAAGGUGACUGCAAGCUGGAACUGCUGCGGUGGGACAAUACAGAUGCUCAGGCUGUGUUCUGGCACUCUUCAGCUCAUAUGCUGGGAGAGGCUAUGGAGAGGAUAUAUGGUGGAUGUCUUUGCUACGGACCACCGAUUGAAGAAGGCUUCUACUACGACAUGCAUUAUCCUGAGAAAGGGAUCUCUUCAACGGACUACCAAGGCGUAGAGACGCUAGUUAAAAAGAUAGCAAAGGAGAAACAACCAUUCGAACGCCUAGAACUAACCAAGGAACAGCUUUUAGAAAUGUUCGACUAUAACCCUUUCAAAGUGAGGAUCCUUAAGGAGAAGGUGAACACACCGAAAACCACGGUAUAUAGAUGUGGGCCCUUAAUAGAUUUGUGUAGAGGACCGCAUGUCAGACAUACGGGGAAAGUCAAGGCUUUUAAGGUUACUAAGAAUUCGUCAACUUACUGGGAGGGUAAAUCAGACGCAGAGUCUCUACAGCGCAUGUACGGAGUAUCUUUCCCCGAAACAAAACAAUUAAAAGAGUGGGAAACUAUACAGGAAGAAGCCGCGAAACGAGACCAUAGGAAGAUUGGCAGAGAACAAGAGCUAUUCUUCUUCCACGAGCUAUCGCCAGGCUCCUGCUUCUUCCAACCGCGCGGGGCGCACAUUUACAACACGCUUGUUGAAUUUAUUCGUGAACAAUACAGGGUCCGUGGUUUCCAAGAAGUAGUGACACCAAACAUGUAUAACGCCAAACUGUGGCAGACCUCAGGACACUGGGCACAUUACUCGGAGAAUAUGUUCUCGUUUGAUGUUGAGAAGGAAACGUUCGCUUUGAAACCUAUGAACUGUCCGGGCCAUUGCUUGAUAUUCGACAACCGCGUGCGUUCGUGGCGCGAGCUGCCGCUGCGGCUGGCGGACUUCGGCGUGCUGCACCGCAACGAGCUGAGCGGCGCGCUCAGCGGCCUCACGCGUGUGCGCCGCUUCCAGCAGGACGACGCGCACAUCUUCUGCGGGCCCGCACACAUCGAGCGCGAGAUGCUCGGCUGCCUCAACUUCCUGGAGGCAGUGUACACUACGUUCGGCUUCAGUUUCCAACUGAAAUUGUCCACGAGGCCGGAGAAGUAUUUGGGCGAUUUGGAAACCUGGAAUCAGGCUGAAAAGGCUUUAGAGGAAUCCCUGAACCGCUUCGGCAAGCCAUGGCAACUUAACCCAGGAGACGGAGCGUUCUAUGGUCCCAAAAUAGAUAUCACCAUACAAGAUGCCUUGCGAAGAUCGCACCAAUGUGCCACCAUACAGUUGGACUUCCAAUUGCCGGAGAGAUUCAAUUUGUCGUAUAUUAGCGAAACGGGCGAAAAGAAACGGCCCGUGAUCAUCCACCGCGCUAUCCUCGGCUCAGUGGAACGAAUGAUCGCCAUCUUGAGCGAGUCGUACGCGGGCAAGUGGCCGUUCUGGCUCAGCCCGCGGCAGCUCUGCGUCGUGCCCGUGGGACCCGCCUUCGAUGAUUAUGCGCUACAGGUGAACGAGCGUCUCCGUGCGGCCAAGUUCAUGUCGGAAGCGGACACGGACGCGGGCGACACGCUUAACAAGAAAGUGAGGAAUGCGCAGUUGGCGCAGUUCAAUUAUAUUCUCGUGGUCGGCGAACGGGAAAAAACCUCAGGCACCGUGAACGUUCGCACCCGCGACAACAAAGUGCAUGGAGAGAUGUCGAUAGACGGACUCAUAGAACAUUUGAAUAAACUCGUGCAAGAAAAAACGCUCUCAGACGAUACAGAUACACUAAAAUAAAUGUGGAAUUUAUGAAAUUGCUGGGAAUAUACGCAUUUUUUGAUAUUUCGUUGGUCGUUGGUCUAUUCGAUCUGUAGUAGAUCAUAUUAUAUGCAGUUACAUUUCAAUUUCAAAUAUUUUUAUUUAUUACUAGCGGUCCGCCCCGGCU